AUGGCGGUUUUUCCACCGCCACCGGCACCACACACCGCCAUUUUUGGAGGCACUGGUUCCAAAAGAACUGGCUUCUCUCCCUCUACCAACCCCACCCUUCAGCUGCCACGAUCCGCCGUUGUCAUGGUCGAAAACUGCAGAAAAACGGUAUGUUUUUAUGUAAAAACUCACGGAGCUCGUUCGGACAUCUCCGGCCACCAUUUCCUUCGAACUUGGUAUGCUUUCUCAUCCUCUCAAUGUGUUCUAGCUGCUGGUUGUGUUAUUUAG